UGUUAUUCUAUUUUUAAGAUGGGACGUUAUUCUUUCGUAUUGAUUUACAAGUGAUAUUUUGCCAUUCAAGAUGAUUAAUAUUUUGAAACUGUUUAUCUUUACCUCGGUUCUACUGGGACAUGGGUACGGAAAGAAGGCGAAAGAUGAAAUCCAAAAUAUAUUAUCGAAUGCAAUACACUCAGGAACCUCACAUAAAACAGAGGCAGAGCCAUUGGUACUUCCUUGGAAGAAACCUACUACAGUGAUGGAAUAUAUCGACAUUUUGAAAUUCCCCGACGACUCGGAAAUAAUUAAUAAUCACAUUUGCCAAUGUCAUUUAGAAGAAUACCAAGAGGAAGUAAUCCAUCAUUCGACUGAAGGGGCUAUUUGAUUCGUAUCGUGGCUUUCACCGGAUAUGUUACAGACAUUUUUAAUCCACGUAGGCAACAUACAUUCCAAAAUCCUGAGUUUGUGCUCCUUUGUCAACCUGUAUCGCAUUUGUAGAUAUAAAUGUCUACUUACCAUGGGACAAAUGUCCAAUAGUGAAGUCUUGCAACUUCCCAACCUCGGGCAUUC